GCACUAUACCACUGUGAGAAAUAGUGAUACCACGCUCAGCUUAUGAGUCGAAAAAGCAACUCUACAUUCAUCUCGAUCCAUCCCAUACCAGGCAUGGCUAAAAUCAAAUCGCUACUUCUCAAAUUACGCCCUAAGAGCGAAGCUACUCCUGUAGCCGUUGUGCCCCCAUUUUCACACUUCCUACAUCUACCAAUAGAACUCCGCCUUAAGAUCUACGACUUCGUCCUCAACGACCUUAUCGUGCAGCCUCAGAGACCACUGAACGCGGGAGAUUCAAGGCUCAACGCUCGCCCAGUCAUCAGGGUCAAUCUCUCAGAGUUUCAUAUGCCCCGCCACCGGGCCCAUGUCCGCGAAUGCGUGGAACAUAUCACUGAACUACGGGCACCAACUCCAAAGCUCACAUCGAUCUUGCUUCUCAACCACCAAAUCCAUGACGAAGUAACAGACCAGCUACACUCCACAUAUCUGUUCGUUUUUCAGUUCCCAGAGCCUCAGCACGUGCGACGAUGGAUUGAGGGAAUCAGUGAUCGCGCCCGGAGACAGAUACGCCAUCUCGAGCUGCAGUUCAUCCUGGAAUGGGAUAGUAUGCGGCACCUUCGCUACGAGACAGCAUGUCACACCAUGCAGCAGCUAUUGCCGAACCUGAGAACUGUCCGGAACUCCGUCACUUUGACGGAGCCUCGGAAGUGGAACACGGAUGGGACUGCCUUUCUGAACGGGAAAGUCUUUACUGCGAGAGUCGACGAGGAAUAUGUGGAUAGAUUGAUGCGUAUUGCGGCAGCGUUUCAAGACUCGGAUGUGUUAGUGGAGCACCCUGUGCGCUCCCAACUCUGUCACAACGUUGACUGUAUUCGCCUACGCACUGAGCGGCAGUGGAGAGUCCACUUUCCACUGUGCGUAUUGGAGCUCCCAUUGGGGAGUAGUCUUCGCGAUGAGAUCCUUACGUCGUGCAAUACUAGGAUUCACAACGUGCAGUGGCCUGUAGACUGAAGAUUAUCAUCAACCAAGAUAUAUAACAACAUCUAAUUUAAAGGGUACAGAACUUUACAUCCUGUCUAGAAUAUUUUGAGUGCGUUGAAGCACUUCAUACAGUGGCAAAGGAGUAGCAAAUCACAUGACAAGGCGCUGUAAAGUGAAGGGUAAAUAAUUUAUUGCUAUUAUCGACUAAGAUGUAUAACAACAUCCAAUUU